AUUCAAACGGAGGACUGGCGCGUCGCAUUUUUCACAUGCUAUCAUGUCGAAAUCACCGUGUUGGUGUAGGAUUGUGGACAUUUGAGCGUUGUAUAGACCGAUGCGCGCACUUCUAGCUUUUUACAUUCGUGUUCAAGUAUAAUUCUUGACCUGGAACAACAUUCUAAGAUUCUUUGUCGUUUGUGAUGCAGGGAAGGACACUGUUCAGUGUUUGAAGUGUUGUGCUGUGCAAGGCCAGUGUCGCAGUGUCGUAGGUCAGAAUCAAGCGGGAGUAUUCGGCGAGAUUGCAGAAAUAUUGGGAACACUUUGUUGACCACACACGUUCUGCCACAUGUAACUUGGACAUUUUCAGAAACGGUUUUCAGUGGAGUGGAGACUUCUUAUUCAACACAUCUCUUUGUCAAGGUUGGAAAACCUUACUUCGUCUUGUUUUGGGACAGUUUUGCAUGAACUUGACAUGGUCUUGUUUUAAAGUGCUGUGUCUUUCUCCAAGUGCGAUUACCGACUAUUUCAACGUGCCGUUAGUAAGACAUCCUACGACAUUCUCUAAUUCACAGUUAAAAGAGUGCGAGCAGUUCUUCUGCAUAGUUGGAGUCGUAGUUUUGAGGAAUCGAAACAAGCUUCGAUCAAGUCUUGAACAGUUGGUUCAAAGAAACGAUUUGUCAACAUAGUGUACAUCAGAGGAGAGGCAAUAUAGAAUAUAUUGUUUGUGAGUAAAAAUCACUGCGGACCAUUGCUGGAUCUGGGGUAAAUAAUGCAACAACCACACAGCUCCUUUAAGGGCAAUCUUAAGAUCAUAAGCGUGCAUCCAGUCGUCUGUACGAUGCAUCCUUCUGUACACAAAAGAGGGCGCUCUGACCCGGAUGCUGCAGCAAGCUUAGGCAGACCUAUGAUGAUUCCAGGGCAGGAAUGUAGGAAGCUGGAUUCAAAUGUGAAAAGGAGUCCAGGACAAGACAAAGCCUUUGAACACAUCACCAGGACAAUUCCGACAGCUUCUCCUUUGAAAACCAACUCGCAGGAGAAUAGCUUUGGUCCAUCUGUCAAGUACACUCCAUCUCUUGCUUCGAUGUUUUGCCAAAGGAUUCGUCAGUUGCAGAAACAGCUGGCAGAGCAAAUGAAGAUCAACAAAAUCCUGACAAAAAAUGACCAUGUAGCUAAAGACCAAAAGAUACGUGGCCUAGAAACAGAGAUGGAGAAGCAAGAGAUUGCAUUUAAAGUGACGGCAGAUCUGAUGACAAAGGUCAAAGAUGAAAAAGAGAUCUUGGUGAGGCAGAAACAAAGCGUCGUUAAAGAGAAUUCUGAAUAUCGUUUGAAGAAUACGAAGCUCAAGGAAGAAAAUAGUCAUUUGAAUUCGGAAAUUAACGAGCUGAAAGCACAGGUUGAACAGGUUAAAACGGCCAAGAAAACCCUGAGGGAGAGGAUUGUCCAGCUGAAUUAUGAGAAUAAGGAAUUGAAGAAAGAUAUUGACGAGGACAGAAGUCACCUUCAGAAGGUCAGAGGUCAGCGGGAUGCAGCCGAGGUGGAAAUAGUGAAACUGCGCAAAGAUAUGGACAAGGUUGUUGUGGAUGUGGAAAAAAUGAGGGAGGUUAAGAAAGGCCAGGAUUUACUGGCAGAAGAACUCGCAAAAACGAACGGGAAACUUCAGGAAGUCCGCAACACGAGACAACGCAACUCUCGCGCUUACAAAGCUGAGAAUGAUGACUUGAAGGAGAAGGUUACAGCCCUGGAAGCGAAGGUGGCAGAGAAAAAACAGAAAAUUGCAACGAUGACGGGAGAAAUUGAGAAACAGAAUCACACAAUCCAAAUUCUCGUCAAAGAGGUUGGCAAACGUCCCGAUGACAGUGUCAUCCAUAAAGUGAAGAUUCUGCAGGAGCUUUCUUCGACCAUUUGGGAGAUGAAUCACUCGUACCUGAAAGUCUUCAGGAGGAUGGGGGUUGCUAAGAAUCUCAAACUCAUGGACGUAUUCAACGAGAUGCGGGAUACAGUAAAACGUAUGACUUCGCCCGAUUUCAUCAUGAGUAAGGUUGACGAUGAUGGCGUUCCAAAUGACCUUGACAUUAGGCUUAGGAAGACCAAGGAGUCGCUGCGCAUAUUCCUGGAGUCCUACAAGGAAGGGAGACGAGAAUUGACGCACGUAGCCGGUGUGAAAAGGCGUCGUCCAUCCGAUGGGACAUCCAGCAUGUCUGACGCCAGUGAUUGCAGCGCCAGUGGAUCGUCAGGAAAACGGAGGAACUGAAACAAGUAGGGGCGUUGGUCUGGACGUCCAAGAGUUGUUGGUUUGUGAACGUAUAAUUUUGUGAAAGUUUGAAAGAAAAAUGGUCUUAUUUUUUAUGGGGAUAGGCUGGUGAGACAGUCUUUCCGGAAUGCUUAUGGACAGUGCUUGAUGGAGUGAAUUUUAACACCCACAAGAAAAUGUAGACCUCGAUGGACUGGAAAGUAUUUUGGCCGGAGGCGAUUUUGAAAAAUUUGGAGUGAUUUGGAGUGACAUUUCACUCGGAAUGCAAAUUUUUGUAUUUUUGUUAAAAGGUGACAUAAUCUUAAUGUUUCUUUCACCUCUUGUAGUUUGUACAUAAUGUUCGUAGUCUAGUUAUUUCGUUUUAGUUACGCUCGAUAUGUGUUUCAUUGUUUAUAUCAAGUUGCACACAUGAUAACUUGUGUUUUGAUUCGCAAGAUGUAUUCAGCUUUAGAUCGUUUCUUUCAUACACUACAAACUGAAGAAAAACAUCAAGAUUCACAAAAAUUUCUAAAAAAACAACAACUUUUUCACAAUUUAUAUUUCGGCUUAUAUACAAAAUUCCCUCUUUUUUUCACAUCAAAGUAGUAUCAGCCAGAUACAAAUACUUCAGUAUACGGAACUUGAGGUAUUUUUCCGAAAUUCCGCCAGAUUUCAAAGGGUCAUGUGUUCAGGAGUGAAGUCUGGCGGAGAAAAGGUAUAACAUUAAUCAGGCCUGUAAUUCUUGGUCCUUUUUGAGGCUUUCUGAAGUAGGCCUAUCUUGUUGUGUCUCAGUUGGCUUGAUCCAUCUUAUACUUUUUCAUCCGGGCUCUGCCUCCGGCCGUUUUAAAUAAUGUACCCUUCAAUGCCCAGUUGCAUAACUUAGUUGAUCGUGAUGAAUGAAACACUCUACACUGAACUGCAUGAAAGUUUAUAUCGCACACUUUUCUCAAAUUUUAACCUUACACCCCUAUUUCCCCGUAUAGACUCUUCAAGUUAAUGGCUUAGAACAGUCUACUUGAGAAAUGUAGGGUGUAAAGGUUAUGUUUCCAUUCAUGUUCAGCUUAUGCUUGCAAUGUUCAUUUUGUGCUGAAAUGCUCAGUUGCUGAUUUUAAGUCAGCAGAUUUUGAUUUUUAUGUGCAGGAGAGGAAAUGUUAUUUGACCACACUAAAGUGGUACGAAAAACAAAUUCACCUACAAAGUAGGGCCUACUCAAGUUUGUUGAAAACUUUGGCAGAACUUGAGGUAGGAACUUUCGUCCGUGAUGGAAAUGGUUCAUUCUAGUUGGGUUGAUUCUCAAAACGGGAGCUGGGUCACCAUGGUAGCCAUUGUUACCAUAGCAACGCAAGUCGGCAACCCAGGCUUAUUGCCAUAGCAACACAGAUUGGGCAAAACAACGAUGCUUGAAUGUUACUGGGGCAGCAAGAUUCUGGUAGUCUCGAGCACCGCUGAUUUGUUGCCUUGUUUCUAUGCUGACGUUUGUGUUGCUAUGGUCAGUGGCGGCCAUUGCUGUCACCUGUUUGAGAACUUGUCCGGUUACUGCAACCUCGUCCCCACACAGCUGUAGAUGAUUAAAGGUCAGCUGCAGCACAAUGACUCCACAUUUUUUGGCAGUUUAUGAUUCAUCAUCUGCUAGGAGAUGUUGGGUUGUAAUGACUGUAACCUUCAGACCACACAAGAGCAAAUUUCAUUUUGCUCAACUCCUUUUUUUCCCAGAGUGUGUUCCAAUGUGGUCAUUCUCUUGGAAAACAUGGAGUGGAACUACUGCAACCUUAAGACCACACAAGUCACAAGGGCAAAUACAAUUUGCUUGAAAUUAGGCCAACCUUGGCGGACCACACACAAAUGGCAGUGCCAUUUCAAUUUUUCAGACAUUUUUUUAAAAGUGUUGAGAGAAUAAUAACACUUAUAGGCCCAAGUUAGUUUAGCUUUAAUAUUCUAGUUGUGUAACUUUUUUUAUUUUAGAAUUAGAAUUAGAAAUCAAGUUAGUUUAGCUUUAAUCUAGUUGCGUAAUUUUUUUUAUUUUAGAAUUAGAAUUAGAAAUCAAGUUAGUUUAGCUUUAAUAUUCCAGUUGUGUAACUUUUUUAUUUUAGAAUUAGAAUUAGAAAUCAUUGGAAGUUCUUCAACUUCAUAGUUGUGUCACCCCUCUGUUACCUAAAUAGACUCUUCUGUUACAGUUGUUCUCUGUUGAAUGGGACAGUCCAUUUUGGUCAUAUAGGUGUGAUGCUAUUUUUUACACUUGCAGGCAUGCCAAUUUUUCUGACAUUUUUGUUUUAAUAUCCGAAACAACCAAAAGGGGGCACCCUUUUAAUAUUUUGGUUUAUAUGAACUGUUCGCCCAAACCAAAGAAAACUAAUAUUUCACAUGGGGGGAAAUUUUAUUCAAUUUCAAACCUACAUUUCUAGGCAAAUUACUGUGAACUGCUGAUCACGCAAAAGUACAAAUAUUAUUUUGAUCGCAACUUUUUUAAGACCACACUUUUGGACUGGAACUUUUUCAAGGACCACACUAAUUUGAAUAAAUGUCACUGAAGUUAGCUUGAUUUUCCUGGCUUUUUUUUAACAAUAAAUAAAGGACUUGUUAUGAUUGGUAUCACAAAAAUAUGAGAAAACCUAUCAAAUCAGCAUUAUUAAAUUCUUCUCAAAAGUGGCAAAAAAAUCCAGAGAAUUUUCCAGAAAAUAUUACAAGACGAAAUCCAAAUCUAGGAUGAAACUACAUUGUAUAUAAACAAAUUCAAGAACAUUUUAAUUUUCAAAAUUCUUUUUCUGUUCUUGCAAACUUUGAUGAGAUUUAACUGUUGGCAUGCCUCAAUUACUGCAAACCUUUGUUCGACUGCGCAGCAUUAAAUAACACCUAGUUUAAACAACUAAACUAUAUGCAAAUAAAUUAAAAUAAAAUGGGUAUAUUCUGUUCAGAAAUUCUUCAUCAUAUUUAUUAAGCUCUCGGAUAUUUUACGACACCAACAUCAUUUUCCCGCUCAAAAGAUUUAAAUACAAGGCCUACUUGAUGACAACACGUAACACUGACAAACUAAUUCUAAUUUGGGCCGGAGAGCGAGAUGCUCUGUGCCAAUGAGAGAUGUUAUAUAUUCAUGGCUUGUAAGGCUUUGGAGGAAUUGUUUACAGAGUAUUAUAGGUGUCACUAUAGUAAUUCCAUUUGCCAAUCUAGGAAACACCAGAACUCAUCCAAAAUUUUUUAAAAAACGAUUUAAGUAUUAUUCAGAGGACAUUUUCCCCUUCGGUCUGCAUGGCUUCUGAUAAAUAUGUUGUCCGAUUUUUUACGUUUGAUAGAGUUCUGGUGUUAAUUGGAUUGGUAAAAUGGAAUCACUUCAGGUCUCACUAUAGUUUCAUCUAAAGCACCUGAGCACUUUGGCACAUGUUUUGAACUAGGCAGCAGCAUGAAAUGUAAUGUGUGAACCCAAAUUUGGGACAUUUUAUUAUCCUGUAUUGUUCAAAAUGUUUUACAGUAUUGGUCAGUAGUAAUAUCCCUUUUGUCUGCACCAUGACAUUCUGAAAACAUUAGAUGAGAAACGCAGUCUUGAGAGCUUUUGGCUGUAACCAUGGUUGUUCUGGUGGUAUGCAAGGGAUCAUUUAUUAAUUAUGAACCCAAGGAGGAGAUCACUGCAUCUUGGAAGUUUGCAGUGUGAGGGAAAAGUGCGUCUUGGCAUUCAGAACUCUGUCAACGAUCGGCACUGCGAUGAUAUUUUGCAGGCAAAUCAGCGAAAUAAUCAUUGCACCCCUUGUGUGUGCUUAAAUAAUGAAUGAUCCCCGCCUCUGACAAAUACUUCUAUCAUUAUUUUGUAUUACAACGGAUCGAGUCACAUGACCCGAGCAGACGUGGGAAAAUCCACGAAAAGUGGAAAUAUCCACAAAAAAAAUGGGAAAAUCCAUUAAAGGUGAAUUUUGAAUAAGAAAUUUGUAAAGUGCCUUGAACCUCAAUGAAACUUUGUUCAUAACAUGGUGAAUUGAUGGUGGUGUGUGAGAGAAGUCAUGGUCAGUGGUGGAACCAGUCGGUUGAGCGUUCGUCUCAAGGCAUUGGUGCUGCCACUUAUGGAGUCAUGGCCAUCUGACCCGUGAUACAUAGGUUAUCUUUCACAUUCCAAGAAUCAUUUGAAAGUUAUCCGCACAGGCCACGUUAAGAACAAAGGGACAUUUUGUCUAAAGAAUACUCAAAGGUUUCAUUUGUGGUUUCCAAGGACUUUGCUACUGGGAUCAAUUGUACAUUGUUGGAAUCGAUUUCAUGAGAAUCUUGAUGUUGGAAGAAAAUCUCAAAGAUUAGGUCCAGCCUGAAGAAGUUGAGACUUUAGACAAAGUACACUUUGAUGAUAAAGCUCUUACGGUUCAUCUGUCUGCUCGGGGGUGUGGUGGCAUGAUCAACGACCAAAACUGGUCGAUCGAAAGUGCAUCACGAGACUUGAAAGAGGGCGUCAUUAGAGUAUAUUGAGGUAUACCGUAUCUUAUGACCCUGUCUCGAGAUGUAGCUGGCACGAACACUUGUAAAUAUUUUGAAAUGUUAUGCUAAUGAUAAUGUUUUAUUAGAACAGGUAUGCUUUAGUUAUGCAAAUAAAAUAAUAAAAUCCA